AUGUUGGUAUUUUUUACCGCUUUAAUCGUAUCGACGCUGAAUUCGGCUACAGGAGUAGAACAUCAAUUUUUGUCUUCAAGCUUCGCGAGAUCAAAAAGAGGGGUGGUCGAAACUGGUCACAAUGUUCUUCAAGAUUAUAAAUCUCAUCAAAUUCAACCGAUCGGGCCAAAUAUGCGAAGCAUUGGUUCGAGUAAUGCAAAAUCUCCAUCGCAUUAUAAAAACGUUCAAAUUGUGAAAGAGCCUCCGUUAGUCGGAGGUAGCAUUCCAUUAGCGUACAGCGAUACCUUUAAACAAUCACCGCCGUAUGCUACUUCGCCAUUGUCCGUUUAUUCCUUCGAAUCUCGAAACAACGAACGAUUAUUGCCAUAUUCUGAUAAUUUGUUUACCAUGUCAACUGGCUAUAAAACUAUAGGUGACGAUUUUGCUAAACCGCUGAAACAAGCUGAUACAAAUCUCCAAGUUCCCGUGUAUAAGACUGGUUACCUGUUGCCAAAAAUCUCAGAAUCGCAGAGUUACGCGCCUAUGUUCCAAAACGAGAAACCUCCAUUGCCGAUGCUUCAAGUACAAAAGAGUCGAGAGUUACCUCAGUACUUGUCCAGUACGCAAAGCCAACCACUCGUGUUGAACCCUGUAGAUCAACAGUUCAAUUUCGCAGUCAGAACGCCGAAGCUAAACAGCGUACAACUAAGUACACCUUUCCUGUCGCCGCUUUCCCGUUUUCAGGGUCAAGUGGUGCCAAUUUCCACCGUAGAUAACAACGCGCAAUUUCCGCAAUACAAAGGCGCCGCGGUAGACGUAUACCCAACUGUCAGUAGCUUCUCACCGAUGGCUUAUCAGCCUAUCCAACCUCAGUCGCAAUUGCAUUUUGCACACGAUAACGUUCAACGUGUGCAAUCUGUUGACAAUGUACGUCAUGCUACGCCAGCGCAAGAAAUUCGAUCUGACGUGGAGAUCAUUGACAAAAAGAAACCUGCGCCUCCGCCUAAGACCGACGACGACGAGGAUGACGCCGAUAACGACGAAGAUUAUGUACCUCGUGAGAAACAAUACGGAGCAAAUUCAGAGGAAGACGACGACGACUACGAAACUAGAUCUGGAAAAUACUUUAAGGCGCCAGCAACGGAAGGUAACUUUAAACCAUCGACCUCGUUUCCCUUCAAGCAAUACGACGAAAAAUUUGGCAAAUAUUCGAGUCAGAAUCGUAACGCAGAAGGUGAUAAGAAGCCCAAAUAUCAUGAUUAUUCUUCGUCGAACGAUGAGGAUGACGACGAGCAAGCGCCAUCAACUAAAUAUAACUCGGAUCGCGCGCCAUCAAAAAGCUUUUACAGUAGGCAAGAGGAUGAAGAAAACGAUGAUAGACAUGGUUAUGAAAGACAAAAGACUGAAGAAACGUCCGAUGAUGCGAACGCAUCUAAAUACCUUGACAAGAACAUCGACGAAGAGUUUGAAACAUUGUACAGAAAGAAAUUGCCAAGACAAGAGUACAUCCAUCUGAAAGAAGUUCCAGAAGUAGAAUAUGGAUCGAGCUCGUCGAAAGGAAACGGAAAUGAUUACGAGGAUCCUUCGGGCGAAGGAAGUUUUAGGAAUUUUAGGUAUUUCAAAAAUUUCCACGAUUUCAAAGACUCUGAAGGAUUUAAUUCUGAUAUUGUAAAAAGCUUCAGCUUGCUGCCCGAAACGACGUACGGAGGAUCUUUUGGAUACAAAAUACCUAAAAGAAACGCGGCAUCUUAAAUAUGCG